CCUGGUUGGUGGUUCUGUGACUUGGGUCUACCUACUGAAGGAAUUCUCCCGGAAAAUGGAACACUGCAGGUUUCUGGCUGGCCUGAUCCUGGCUGUCCUCCUCUCCCGAGUGAGCUCCUUCAAGGUAUCUGUGGAGGAACUUGAGGACAGAGUGUUCCUGAGUUGCAAUACCAGUGUCCUAAGGAUAGAGGGAACUAUGGGAAUACAACUCCCACGCAGUAGAACUCUGGACUUGGGGAAACGCAUCCUGGACCCACGAGGAAUAUAUCGGUGCAAUGCGACAGAAGAACAAUCUGACAAAACACCUUAUAUGCAAGUAUAUUAUCGAAUGUGUCAGAACUGUGUGGAACUGGACUCAGCUACCCUGGCUGGCAUCGUCAUCACUGACAUAAUCGCCACUCUGCUCCUUGCUUUGGGAGUCUAUUGCUUUGCUGGACAUGAGACUGGAAGGUCCUCUAAGUCUGCUGACACUCAAAUUCUGUUGGAAAAUGACCAGCUCUAUCAGCCCCUUCGAGAUCGGAAUGAUGCUCAGUAUAGUCAUCUUGGUGAAAACUGGCCUCGGAAGAAGUGAACCUGAGACUGGUGGCUUAUAGCAGUAUCAGCUAUCGACUGUACUUUCUUUCCUUGCUCAUUCAAUAAAGAAGUCUUAUUUCACUUGG